GAAGUAGAAAAGCAGCUGGCCAAAAGGGCCUUUAGCUGCUCCUUGUCCGACGCAGUGACAGCCGCGUUUGCUGCAGUGGCGCUGCAGCUGCACAGGGGGUCGCAGCAGCUGCUGCUCGAGCUGCUGCAGCAAACGGAGCUGCUGCAGCAGCAAGAUGACUUAGACGCCGAAGACGCUUGGGGAGAGCUGCCGCUGCGGCAGCAGCAAAUUGCUCUGGAACUGAGUUUAGACCCCAAGGCGAAGCCGCUUCGUGAGCUACUGCAGCAGAAGGGCCUCGGCCACUUUGCUGCCUUUCCUGCUACUCUUCGCGGCGAGGCGGUGGAGACACAAAAUGAGGGAAAGGAGAAAGUGCUGCUGCAAGAAAUUGAAGAGUUCCUGCAGCAAGAAGACGUUCGACACCGCCUGCUGCUUACCGUAGAUGCUCUUCUGCAGCAGCAGCAGAAGCCACAGCAGAAGCAGCAGCAGCAGCCAGAGCAGCAGCACCAGCAGCAGCACCAACAGCCAGAGCAGCAGCAGCAGCAGCAGCAGCAGCAACAGGACGUGGAAGAAGCGAGCUUGAGGCGAGUUGCGCUAUCUGUACAGCUCAAGGACUUCCCCUGUCUGCGCACCUACCGCGUGGCAUCUCUUUUCCUGUGGCCCUCAGCAGCAGCAGCAGCAGCAGCAGCAGCAGAAGCAGCAGCAGCAGAAGUGCUGCAGCACGAGCAGCAAGGCGGGAGCAGCAGCAGCAACUCGCUUGCUGUCGUCGCAGACUUUUCGACCUUUGCGGAGUUUGAGGGGCCUGCUGAGGUGUACGUACAGCUCAAGUACAGACACCUGCGCCGCGCGGGACAUGCACUGAUAGCAGUGCGCGCGGAGGAGUGGGCGAAAGCAAAUGGAGAAGAAGAGCGUUUGGUGCUGCUGCUGAAGUCUCUGCUGCUGCCCGAACGCAGCUGA